CUCCCUUUGCGAACUCUUUUGUGAAUUCCAUGGAAACACAAUGCCAAGAUGGCAGGCGAGCAAUAUUGACGAUUUUCGCUUAUUUUGAAUGCGAUUUUGAGCUUUAUGAAAUAUGACACGCACUUCAAUGGCGCUUGGUACUGGUGAGAAGUAAUAUAGCAGUGUCCAAUGGCACACAAAUUUGUAUCUGGGCGACAGCUCAAGAACCUGCUGAAUGAUGUUGAAAGAGUUCACAAGAAAGAUAUACAUGACUAUGCAGGGGGUCACCUAAAUGAAACAUAUAUCCAUCAAAUUGCCAUGGCAACAAAUCGUGUGCCAUGGCAAAGUGCAAAGGAGGUACCCACACCACCUUCAGGUAAACACACUGUGCUGUCAGUACCUAAGCCAAGAAGUGCAAAGAAGGGCAAAUCAAUGAAAGAGAUUCUCUACCAGUUCAGUGUAGGGACCACUGGUAGCAUUCCUGUGUCAUCACCGAGAGAGUGCAAGUUCCAACACAAACGCCAGCUUCCAAAAAGAGAAAAAAGUUCAAGAGGUUCCCCUACCAAGCGUUAUUCAAGUGCGAGUAACUCUUCAGCCAAGUCAACAUACACGGACCUUGAAGAUGGGGUUCUGAUAGAGGAACUCGAAGCAACAGAGAUGAUGAUGCCGUCAGGUGUUCGAGGAGGGAGAGAUGUGAGCUUUGCUGAUGAGGAGACUAUGACGUACACAACAGGGACGUCACUCGCCCCAGACAACACCGGGGAACUCAAGUUCAAAUAUACAUUCCUCCCCAUGCAGAAUGUAGGCAUAACCAAACAGGACCAAUACCGCAAGAUCAAGAAUUUUGAGUCAACUGUGUUGAGGAAACAUGAGACAUGUGAACAGAAAGUGUUGUCAGGGGUCAAGGCCGUUGAACAUCACGAGAGAAAGCUGCAGCAGGAGUUGGACGCCUUUAACCUGAACGGAAUGGGUCCCAACUUCCACAAACUGCAGGUGUACAGUGACACGUUUGAAGACCUCAUACAGGAGUCGCCGACAUUUGCCUACAUCCUCCGCUGUAUCAAGUCGGAGUAUGACGACUACAUCGCCACCCUGCUGGAUGGACAGACUGUCCAGCAUCACGUGCUGCAGGAGCAGGUGGAACAGAUGGCCGCAAGGGGUACCUCACGACCCCGUGAACUCUUCACUGCCACGGAGAGGCUGACGUCACUGGAGAAACACGCCAAAACACUGCUGCUAAAAAAUGAACAAAUGAGGGAAGAGGUUCGUGAACAGACUGAAUGGCUUGCUACAGCUCCAGAGCCAGAACCUGCUCCAACCAUUGGUUUGGCGCCGGUACACUACAAGGACACCCAGAUGGAGCUGGCUGAUGAGAUCGAGCAUGUGAAGGCCCUGAUCCUGGAGAAGCUGGAUGCCCUGAAUGCCCUGAGAUGUCACCUGAGAGAUGAGUGUGUGCCCCUGACAGUGUGUACCCAUCUGGAGCAGUGCAUCAAGGAAACAGAGGUCAGUGAAGGCUGGUCAACUUACUGUCAAGUACGAAUAUGGAGGAAAGUGAACUCAAAGCGGGGUAUCCCUGGUGCAAGGCCAUCCUCGUCACAGCCGCAGAGUGACAGUGAUGAUGAGGAGGAGAGCAAGUGGAACUGGUACAUUUCGUAACAGACAUCAUCAAUCAAGUAGCAACUUGCCAGGUCUAAUCUGAAGGAACAACAUGAGAGUGACCUCCCUUUCUGUUGACAACAGACCAGGUUCCACCCUCACUUUGAUGCAACAUAACUGUGAUAAGUCUGAACUUUCAGACAAACCCAUUCCUGUAUACUGCUUAAAAGUUAUCUUUAAUGUUCUAUAAUAUUGAUGAUGAUGUAAUUUUACACAUAUGUUGAAAAUAUUUUGUUCAUGAAAUCAGGCCUGGUAAACUUUUAUGUUAACAGAUUGUUAAUGAUAACGUAAUAUGUUAUACAGAGGUUGGGUCAAUUGAUUUGUUUUUCUGUGUUUAACAGCAGAGAGCUUUAAUUCUCUGCUGCAUUGUGGGGCAUUUCACAAUUGACAGACUUUUAGUAUGUCUUGGUGUUACAUGAGGUCAUGUAUCGGUACACAAUGAUACACAUGAGGAUGGUAUGUUGUAUGUUAUGUAAACCUGCUGUAGAAGACAAUUUCUAACAGACAAAUGUUGAAGUCAUAGUGUAAAAUAAAACAUUACCAAUUGACUGAAAAGUUUACAGACUCACUAAAACUAAAGAAGUUAAUUUCAAAAGGGCUAUUGAACAUCACAGUUGACUAAUUCUGCUAUUAUCAUAAUAGCACAAGUGGACAGACUUUUCAAUCAAUUGGUAAAAUGAGUGAAAUAUUUAGGAUUUAGUAAAUUGCCAUAUACAGACAUGUUACACAGUUUUUGUAAGAUGUACAGGCGUGAUCUAACCAUUGUUUAAUUUCCUUAAAUGUACUAUUUAUAACUUCUUUGAGUGGCAUUUUAGAAGUUGGGAAGUACAAUAUAGAACAAACUUUAUGGAUAACAACUUCUUUUUAUUC